GCGAUCAGAGAGAAAAGGGCAGGACAGUUGCCCCAGCACUGUCCCUCCCGGCUUCGCGGGCCGGCCGGCACGGAAGGGAGCAAAGGCGCUGCCGGGCUCCACUCUGCAACCGGGCCUCUCCGGGCCCCGCCUGCCCGGCUCGGCUCGGCCCUGCCCGGCUCGGCCCUGCCCGUUGCCCUAGGCCCGGCUGCCGGCGGCUGCGCGCGGCUGUCUCCCUCAUCCUCCUCGUCCACGUCCUGUCGGCCGCUGCCCCCGCAGUGAUGGAAGCCAUCGAGGACCUGGCGCUCAAGCCCUGCACCUCCUCCCACUACCUGCGGCCUUACCGCCUCUCUUACCGGCAGAAUGGCACUAAGAAGUUCUGGGAUUUUAUGAGGACACAUGACAGUGUGUCAAUCCUGAUCUUUAACACUUCUCGGCAGUGCUUUGUUGUGGUGAAGCAGUUCCGCCCAGCUGUUUACAUGUGUGAAAUAGAAAGGUGUAAUCCUCAAGCCUUCAAGAAUCAGGAUGAGGAGAGCUUCUCUUGUCUAGAGGAUCCCUUACCUGCUGUGGUAGGAGUGACCUAUGAACUCUGUGCUGGCAUUGUAGACAAACCAGACCUUUCUUUAGAAGAAAUUGCAUGUGAGGAAGUCUUAGAAGAGUGUGGCUAUCGUGUUCCCGUUACAGACCUAAGGAGGAUCACUUCUUACAGGUCUGGAGUCGGUGUGACAGGUUCUAAGCAGACAUUAUUUUACGCAGAAGUAACGGAUCAGAUGAGAGUGGGUGAAGGAGGUGGCCAGCCUGAAGAAGGAGAGUUGAUUGAAGUUGUAGAGAUACCUUUAGAAGACUCCAUGAAGUUUGCUUAUGAUGAGAGCCUCCCAAAGACAAUGGGUGUCAUCUUCAGCUUCAUAUGGUUCCAAAACAACAUAGCACCGAAGCUGGCAAAACAAUAACCAAAGCUUCCCUGCUGGUGUGUUGGAACAGGAAACUACAAACCUGCCUGUCUCAAUCAACUCGACUUUUCACAGAGCAGAUCUGUCUUGAAAUGAAUUUGGAAACAAAAUCAGAAUUAAAAUCCUGACCCAGUUUUCACCAUUAGCAAAACACUUACUGGUUUCACUGGGGCCAGGAUUUGCCUCUGAAGGGCUGAGUAAGCGUGUCCCAUUCUUCUUUUUCACGCCACUGCCCCACCACAGUUUGAAGGGUUGCUCAGGACCUCAGAGCAGCUGCUGUAGGAGCCUGUCACUGUGGUCGCUACGUACUGGCAGCUGGGUAUUCACUGCAGUUUCUGAUACAUUUUGGGGGGAGGUGGCAAACCUUAAUAGUCAUAGAUAUCUUAACUCCUUUCUUGAGUUGUGCACAGCUUCCUCUGUGCUGUGUAGCUCCUGGAUGGAGAAAACGUUUGCAUUUCUGAACAUGCAAAGCUUUAUUUCAUGACAAACAUGUCUGUAAAUCCUCCUGCUAACGUGUCAUUUGGACAAUAGACCAGCUGUAAGAUUAUAUGCUUCUGUUUGUUCCCACUUUAAUGCUGAGCAGCAGUGAUGGGAAUAGAAGGAUGAAUGAUGAGGACUUCUACUGGAACACAUGCUCCUUUGUUUGUGUUAUGGGUGAUACUUGCUUAAUUAGAUGAAACUUUGUCCUCCAGACUGGGACUCGAGAGGCCAAAUUCUUUUAAUUAGACUCUGAGGUGACUAAUACAAGGGAUGUCUCUGAGGUGUGGUGUGUGGUUUCAGCUUCCUUAUCACCCAAAUGGGAAGAAUGGGAGUUGCCUCUCCUUGAAAUCUCAUGGUUAGAAGAACUUUUUUUGAGAGAUUUUAUCAUCACUGGUGCAGUUUACUUUGAAGCCUGUGCAAGGUGCACAGAUGUACUGAGCAACAUGCUUUGAUUUAAUAAAAUGCUCUAAGUAGAACAUGCAUCACUUCUAUCAGCGUAGUUUAGGUGUGAACUGGUUGUCACGUGAAACCAUUGAGAGCAUGAAUGAAAGAGAACCAAGUCUGGCAAUUUAAUUAUGCACCGGUUUAUGUUAUUCACUGACUUAAUUAAGAUGCCUGCAUUCUUUGUUCUUCUAGGAUUACUGAGGUGCUGAGUGUGUUUGGCUGUGAAUAUGCAAGCAUUCGUUUUGCAGCUGGAAUAAAUGCAGUGUAGGUGCUUGAUGGUCUCCAGUGGCUGACUUAAAAUCACUGCAGAUCUAAGUAAGUGUCUACAGAGAUAAGGUGGGUUUGUUUUUUUCCCAAAAGCUUUUAUUACUUGCUGGUUCUCCUACAGACCAAGGAGGAGAGCUCCCUGGAAACAGGCCUCUGAAGAAAAGAGCAGCCUUCCUCUGUGGGAGUCAGACACAAAAGUUCAGACACAUGUGCGUUGAGCUGUGCCUGGUCUGAGGGAAAUCAAGGGCUGAGUUAUCAUGAAAAGCAAAUAAAUUCUGUCUGUCUGAUGUAUUUACAUUGGAAGGUUAUUUAGGGAGAGGUCACCACUGCUCUGCAUCUUUAUGGUGUGUGAGACGAUGUGUCCUCGUUGCAGCUGAGGCCUUUACCAGCUACUACAAUAUGUGUAAUAAAUUAUGUCUUUUACUCCAGGCUGUAGUUAGAAAAUUAUGCAUUUGAUUCCAUCAAAAUUAUUACACAGUAGCUUGUUGAUCUGGUUAGUGUCAAGCUAGUGAGUGUGUGCGGGCACAUGUCAAAAGCUUUUUUUGCUGUAUAAUGCAAUAAGUUGGAAAAAUAAAUCACCAUAGUGGAGGGGCCACAGAGUUGGAAACUUUUC